AUGCGACACACACAGGUCCCUUCAGUUGAUGUCUGGGAGUUUCUCUUCGAAAGACCAGAGAAACCCUUCCCAGACGACCACGUCAUCUUCAAGUCACCUCCCUCGGAAGUCCGGACCUACGACGACCUACGCUCCCAAGCCUUCAGUUUUGGUACGAAUCUCAAAACCAAAUGGGGAUGGCAAAAAGGCGAUGUUAUGUUGUUCUUUGCGCCUAAUCACAUUGAUGUCCCCGCGUUGUAUUGGGGUUGCCAAUGGGCUGGAGGCAUAGUCUCACCCGCCAAUCCAACAUAUACGAUUGAUGAGUUAAAAUAUCAGCUCGAUGAUAGUGGAGCGAAAGCACUGGUUGUGCACGCACCGCUCUUACACACUGCAGCUGCAGCUGCAAAGCGUGUCGGCCUUCCUGUCGCUAAGAUCUUGGUUGUGGGCGACGACUCCCCAACAGCAGGGCUGCAGCAUGUCGAGUCUAUGCUAGCGAACGGAGAGAGCGAAGUUACACGCCCAAAGAUAAACGCAGUCACGGAUUCGGCUUUCCUAGUAUACUCUUCGGGGACUACUGGACGGCCUAAGGGGGCGAUUCUCACUCACAUCAAUAUUGUGGCUUCGCUCCUCUUGCUACAAACCAUCGAAGCCUAUCACAUGGAUUGCAAAAAAGAUCGGAUCCUUGCACUGUUACCCACAUAUCAUAUUUUUGGUAUGACAUGUCUCGUGCAUCUUCCCGUUUUGAUGGGAAUCCACACGACCAUCAUGGAGAAAUUUUCCGUGAAGUCCUUCUUGAGCAACAUACAGAAUGAAUCAAUUACUCAUGUGUAUGUUGCUCCGCCUGUGGUUGUGUAUCUCGCCCAAGACCAAGCAAUGACGCGUGAACGAUUGACAUCAUUGAGGAUGGUUACUUCAGGCGGUGCACCGUUAGCACCAGAUCUGAUACGUGCUGUGUACGAUCGUCUGAGGAUUCCUGUCCGCCAGGGAUUCGGAUUGACAGAGUCGACAGGCGUCUCCCAUAUCCAGAGAUGGGAUCAAUGGGAUCAUGUAAUGGGAUCAAACGGCCCCCCACUCCCCGAAACCGAAGUGAAAUUCAUCGACCAGCAAGGCAACCGAAUCAAGGAAGGUGAAGGCGAACUUUGUCUACGAGGACCAGCUAUUUUCCCUGGCUAUCACAACAACGACAAAGCCACUGCCCAGUCCUUCACAGCCGAUGGAUGGUUCAAGAGCGGUGAUCUCGGCUUUCAAGAUGUGGAGGGUAAUCUGUUUAUCACAGAUCGUCUUAAGGACCUUAUCAAAUUCAAGGGCUUCCAAAUUCCUCCGGCAGAGAUAGAGGGAAUCUUACAUCAACACCCGCUUGUUCGUGAUGUUGCCGUGAUCGGAAUCUUUGUCAAAAGAAUUGCGUCCGAGGUACCGGCUGGCUACGUUGUUUUCGAGGACACGAGCAAAACAACGGAAGAAAUCGCAGAGGAAUUAAUGGCCUACAUGAAUAAAAACUUGGCUCCCCACAAGAGACUUCGAGGUGGGAUCAUCCCAAUCAACGAGAUUCCCAGGAGUCCUUCUGGUAAGGUCCUGAAACGGGUCUUGAGAGUUCGGGCUGAAGGAGUUGAUAAAGGGAAAGCCCUAGGCGCCUCGGUCUACGAUGAUCGUCCUUCCAGGCUGUGA